UGCGCGCGGCGCAGGAUCGAUUUUUCCACAAAACAAGCCAUUUUCAACCAUCAGUGACAUGAUAAACACGUUUCCACGUUUUCUUACGCUAUCUGAUAAAUACUACAAAACAUGUGAAUGUCUUUCUCGUAAAUAAUGAACUACUUCUCGCACACUAAUGAUCAUGGCCGCCCAAAAUAAAGUAGAGACUGGGUCCGAAGAAAUGCCGGCCGCGAGUGACCCCAGCGCUGAGCAAAAGGAGCGGCUCAUUGCUGCUGUCAAGAAAGAAGUCAAGCAGUUGAUGGAAGAGGCGGUAACAAGAAAAUUCGUUCACGAAGAGAGUGGUGGAGUAACCGCGCUAUGUGGUGCGGUUGAAGCAUGCCUCGGCCAGGGGCUGAGGAGACGGGCCUUAGGCCUGUUUAAAACAAGCUCUACUACGGCACUAUUGCACAAAAUUGCUAAGCAUUGUCCCGAAGCCGCGCUGGUAUCAGCAAGGGUGUUAGCAGCCGAAGGGGCACCCGCGACAAGAUCAGCGUCUGGCGUGGAGAGGAGGCCCUCUGCCCCAAGGCCUCCUUUGAACAAGCGAGGGUCUGGCUCGCUGCUUGCCUCGCAACCGCCUCCUACAUCGAGGUAUCUGUGGAUUCGCAUCGCGUUAUUUGAGCGUCAAUUAUCAAAAAUCAUAGAGCACUUAGUGAACAAUGCAACGAGAUAUUACGAAAGGGAUGCUUUGGUCGCUGAUCCUGAUUAUGGCAGCAUCCUCAGUUCGUUAUUAGUUGGGCCGUGUGCUCUAGAAUAUUCUAAGGCGAAGGCACCAGUUUGCUUCUGGACAGACCCACCUGCUGAUGAAUUGGUACAAAGGCAUCGCAUGUCUGCGGGCACGACGACACCGCCGUCUGUGAGGAGACCGAUCCUUAACUUUAGGAGGAGUCUUAAUGCUUCGUCUGAUGAUAGUGUCGUUACUAGUGCUGGUUCCGGAAAUGCGGCUGUAUCUAGUGCCAAAGAUUAUGUAGAAAGCCUGCACCAGAAUUCGCGUGCUACACUUUUGUAUGGAAAAAAUAAUGUCAAAGUUCAACCUAAAGACGUAGAGGAACCAAUGCCAGGCUAUCUAAGCCUUCAUCAGACAGCUUCUGGACUCGUUAUAAAGUGGACUCCGAACCAAUUGAUGAAUGGGUAUGCUGAAAGCGAAGGAAUUGAUAAGAGCCUCAUCCGUUGCCACUUAGUGCAUGUGUCGGCGUGUCAGAACGUGUGUGUUUUGUGCAGUGCCGCCCCCUGUACUGUGUACAGGCGCUUGUGUAAGGGAACGCUUUGUGUCGACUGUAUAUACUGGGCGAUGUCCUUACAAGUGUGCGUGUGGGAGGUUGUGUACGUACACGUGCACCGCUCACAAGCGAGCGACGCGCUGAUACUCGUAGGACAAGAUGGCGUGCAACGACCGCCUAUACAUUUUCCGAAAGGUGGUCAUCUACUAUCGUUCUUAAGCAACUUGGAGACUGGUCUUUUACCACAUGGGCAGUUGGAUCCCCCAUUAUGGUCCCAAAGAGGAACAGGAAAGGUGUUUGGUAGAACCAAAGGGAGAAGGCGUCCAAUGCCAAGUCUGUGUGAAAGUGGUGAGACAGAGGAACAGGAGUUCGACGAAGUGGCUGGAGACUAUGUGUUCCGUAUUGUGAAUAAUGCUAUUGCUGAUAGAGAAGCGAUGAGGCAUUCUCUCCUAGAACGCGUGAUCCAAUCUCCACCACGAACGCCACGACGUACAUUAGCAUCUACAUCAACCACUUCAUCUGACUCCAGCACAAUGUCGGUCGACUGUCCUCCUAUUAUUGGCAAUUUGAACCAGAUAACACAUACUAUUGAGCAGGUGGCGUCUAUAGAGCUGGUGUGCAGCACGAUGCGGCGGCAGAUAAUAUCGCGCGCGUUCUACGGCUGGCUCGCGUACUGCAGACACUUGUCCACCGUGCGCACGCACCUCAGCGGGCUCGUGCACGCUGCUAUUGUGCCCGGAGAUGGCGCAGAAGACGGUCUAACAGAAGACCGAUGGCGCUCAAUGAUGGACGAAACCGGCGCCAUUGCAGACAAGGACGAAGUGUACCGACUCGUGUAUUAUGGCGGGGUACAGCAUGACAUACGGAAGGAAGUGUGGCCUUUCCUUUUGGGAUAUUAUGAAUUCGGCACAACAUUCGAUUCCCGACUCGAACAAGACAAUACAUACCGGCGGCAGUACGAAACAACUAUGUCAGAGUGGCUCUGUGUAGAAGCCAUUGUAAGGCAGAAGGAUAGAGAAGCUACAGCGGCUUCUAUAGCAAGGCUCACAGAAGCUUCUGGAAAGGGGAAGGUGGAACCAGAAGUCAAUGAAGUAUUCGAAGAUGACUGCAGCGUGAUCUCAGACAAUCCACCAAUAGUGUCCCCAGAGCCCAGUGAAACCGAACAAAAGAUUACAAAGCCGGUUCUAUCCCGAGCGCCAAGUAUAGAUGAAGUUGACAAUAUCGAAGUGGACAAGAAAGUUAACGGAGAGACUGAUACUUGUGAUUUGGAUAUAUCCUACGACCAAGAUGACGACGAAGUUUGCAUUAAAAGCGUAGUAGACAACCCUGAUAUGAGGAGAGAAAGUAUUGCUGAAAUAAAACGGCUAGCUGAAGGCAUUGUACAGAAGGGCGAUGGGAGGGGUUUAUUGUGUAGUGUGGAUAGUGCUAAUGCUAAUUUAAAUGGGGAUAAUAAGAGUAUGGAGGAGAGUCAACCGUCGCCGAAUCAUCAUACCACGCAUAGCGUUAUUGUUACGAAUCCGUCGGUGGAUUUGGCUGUCACUGGUUCACCGGCGUCGGGAGGUACUACAGCACCAGCAAGUCCAGCGCGUAGUCCUCUAGGAGUAUUACGAGAGGAAUCUCACUCAGCAGGCGCAUCGUUUGAUGCGUUAGAACCAGAUCGUACUGACGCGCGAUCCAACUGCGUGUCACCCGCUAGUUCUAACGGCGGCGUGUACUCGAAUGAGCUAGUAGAGAGCUUUGCUUUGAAUCUCCAUCGAAUAGAGAAAGACGUCCAACGGUGCGACAGGAACUAUCCAUUCUUCACUGAUGAAAACUUAGACAAGUUGAGGAACAUAAUGUGCACCUACGUGUGGGAGCACCUGGACACAGGCUACAUGCAAGGCAUGUGCGACCUGGCCGCGCCGCUGCUCGUCAUAAUGCGCGACGAAGCGGUCGCACACGCGCUCUUCACGCAUCUCAUGUCAAGGGCCAAGGACAAUUUCCCGUCUGGACAGGCUAUGGACGCACAUUUCGCGGAUAUGAGGUCAUUAAUCCAGAUCCUAGACUGUGAGCUAUACGAGCUGAUGCACGCUCACGGCGACUACACGCAUUUCUACUUCUGCUACCGCUGGUUCCUUCUCGACUUCAAGCGGGAAAUGCUCUAUCAAGAUGUUUUCUCAGCAUGGGAACUAAUCUGGGUGGCUCGGCAUGUAUCUUCAGAGCACAUGGUGUUAUUCAUUGCACUGGCUCUGCUUGAAACCUAUCGAGAUGUUAUACUAGCCAAUUCUAUGGAUUUCACUGAUAUCAUCAAGUUCUUUAAUGAAAUGGCGGAACGUCACGAUGCUUCAGCGGUGCUCUCUCUAGCACGAGAUCUCGUCCUGCAAGUUCAAACUUUAAUAGAAAACAAAUAAAUUAUAAAAGCGAAAGCUUCUAAAAUAAAACUGUCAGACCUUGAAUUUCAACUCUAUCCAGUGUUGAUAAGGUUCGAAAUGCUAUGUAUUAUACCUUUGAUACGGGUCUAAAGAACAGUAUUGAUCUGUAGUACCGUAGAUAUUAGAGAAAUGUAUUGACUUUUAAUAUCAAUUUAUUAGUGUAGUACAUAUUGAUGUGGUUUUCUAUGUAACUGGCAACAUUGCCGGAUGUUCUUAUACAAUGUUCUAGACACAUUUAUAGGGGGUGUUUCAUUUUGGUCUUGUCUUAUGAUAUUAAGUUAUUGUACUGUUAUAUAGUUAAAUUGUUGUAUGUUGAUUUUAUUGCAAAAAAAAUUGUGUAGGUAUUCAUAUUAGGCUGGUUGCAGAGCUUGACCGACUAUCAGUGCGUACGUCAGUCGCGCUUGUCAUAUGUAUGGAAAUUCAUAAA